CAUUACCUUAUUAUUCAAUCCUUCUAUCAAAUCUUCAAUCUUUCAUCAAAUUUCUUCCAGAGAAAAACAAAUCUCCCCCACAACGAAAAAACACAAUGUCGACGAAUAAGAUCACCUUGACGAGCUCCGAUAGUCACUCAUUCGAGAUCGAAAAAGACGUUGCAUGCCAAUCCCAGUUCAUAGCUGGUAUGAUUGAAGAGGAUUGUACCGAUAACGGAAUCCCGGUUCCAAACGUGACAGGCAAGAUUCUUUCGAUGGUGGUUGAGUACUUAAAGAAGCACCACGUCGGUGAUGCUAACCCUUCCACCGACGAGGAUCUCAAGAAGUGGGACGCGCAUUUCAUGCAAAUCGAUCAAUCUACCAUCUUUGAUCUCAUUCUUGCUGCGAAUCACCUAAACAUCAAAAGCCUUAUUGACCUAACAUGCCAAACUGUCGCGGAUAUGAUCAAAGAUGAAACUCCAAAUCAGAUUCGCGAACGCUUCAACAUUGAGAAUGAUUAUACACCUGAGGAAGAAAAAGCUGUUCUUAAGGACUAUCAAAAGGCUUUUGAAUGAGGGGAUUAUCAAAACAUAAGC